AUGACUACAGGCCAGGACGAGUGCGGCAUGUGCGCGCCGCCCGCCACCGGCGCCAAUGUGCUCCCCAAACCCCACCCGCACCCGCGCUACAACAACAAGGCCGCCCGGCUCCGCACCUUCGAAGAUUGGCCCAAGAGCAUGAAGCAGAAGCCCGAGGAGCUCGCCGAGGCCGGCUUCUACUACACCGGCCAGAGCGACAAGACCAAGUGCUUCUACUGCGACGGAGGACUCAAGGACUGGGAGGAGGACGACGUCCCAUGGGAGCAGCACGCGCGUUGGUUCGACCGGUGCGCGUACGUUCAGCUCGUCAAGGGAGAAGAUUACGUCCAGAAGGUCAUGAGCAGCCAAAAAGGAAAAGUCAUCAUUGCUCCGAACAAAGCGUCCAACAGCGCAAGCACUAGCCAAGCUCACAGCGGCACAGGGGCGAUGAUAACAAUAAUAAUAACGGUGGAUACCACGGGACAAAAAGCCACAACAAGAACAGUCCAGUGGGCCACAAAAACACCAGCACUCGAGUCCAUAGAUUGGCAAGCAGUCGUGGCCAAACACAGCAGCGAAUGUAAAACAUUAGCAACCACUGUUAUUAAUAUCCUCACUAACUUACUAAAUAUCCACCUCCCACUAAAACCUUUAAUAGUACGCCCCAAACAAAACCCCUGGAUAGAUAACGAAAUUCAAGAUUUAAAAGCACUGGCCUUCGAGUUUACUAGCCUAUCAAUAAAAUACCCGGACAAUAUCCCGUUACACGACGCCUCAAGUAAGUUACAGAAAUGCUACCACUAUAAAUUAAAAACUAAGCGCAGUGACUAUUUUAAUUCUAUUAUUAACAAUAACCCCAAUAAAAGCAGGGCGAUGUGGAAGGCCAUCAACAUCGAGCUAGCUCGCGCCCCUCGCGAUCGUGUCGACUACACCGAGCUGCUCGUCGACAGCGCUGGCCGCACGUUCGCAACCAAACAACUCGCGGUGGACGCGCUCAACCACGAGUUCGUGACGGCGGCCACUGCGUGCGGUGCGCCCGCUGCCGACCGAGGCCGAUGCAUUUCCACCCUGUCAAAUGGGUACGCUGCUGCCGAUUGCUCACUGAGGCUGAAGGCCUUCACACCGGACGAAGUCGUCAACUUAUUUAAAUAUUCUGUUGCGGCUAAAAACAGUUCCGACGCUUACGGCUUGUCCACCAACUUGCUAAAACAAUCCAGCCCUGCAAUUAGCUACGUCUUAUCCCAUUUAUUCAACAAUUGUAUGCGAUCAGGAGUGUAUCCGGAAUCCUUGAAAAAAGUUAAAAUAUGCCCUCUUUACAAGGGUAAAGGCAAAAAAUCUAUUAUUAAAUCAUAUCGCCCCAUAGCAUUGAUUCCAGGCCCGAGCAAAUGUUUUGAGGCGGGGUUAAAUAAACGCCUACUUAGUUUUUGGGCACCGCGGAACGCACUGUCCGAGAGCCAAUACGCCUAUCGACAAGGCCGGUCCACCACAGACCUGGUGCGCGAGGUGGUGCGCGGCGUGUUGAGCGCCCGUGAGGCAGAGCGCCAUGUCGCCGUCAUUUGCUGCGACCUAUCGCGCGCCUUCGACACGGCGGACCACGCACUCGUCGCCGACAAACUCGCGUACUACGGCAUCCGGGGCCCGGCAAAUAAGCUGAUAUUGUCAUUUAUGACAGACAGAGCACAAGUCGUCGUUGGCGCGGGAGGCAGUGUUGUUUCCGCGGAACUACGAAACCUCAUGGGCGUUCCCCAGGGCUCGUGUCUUUCCAACACCUUGUUCAGCGUCCUUUUAAACGACUUGCCAAAGGCGAUAAAAGGCGCUGAGAUAUUUAUGUACGCCGACGACGUCACGGCAGUCGUCACCACUUCAGCUGAACGUGAGUUGGAGGGAGCGAUAAACGACAUCAUGGAACAACUACACAAAUGGUUCCAGUCUAACGGCCUGGCCAUGAACAAAGAAAAAACAUGCUUCAUGACGUUCAAGCUAAAUGGUCACCCGAGCCCAACCCUGAAGGUGUGUGCGGGCGGUGCCCCUAUACAGCAAGUUUCCUGCACACGCCUCCUGGGUUUCCAGCUGGACAGCGCAUUAACGUGGGAGUCCCAUAUCGAUGAGCUGUGUGGCAGGUUGGGACGGGCAUGUUAUGCGCUACGGUGCUUAGCGAACACCGCCGGGCUGUGCGCGGUGCGCAAGUGCUAUUACGCAACUAUGCACUUGCUCCUCACCUAUGGCGUGGAGUUAUGGGCCCGCGCAUCGGACUGGAAUCGCGUGUUUGUCAUGCAGAAGCGUGCCGUCCGCAUUAUGGCCGGUAAACCAGCAGAUGCCCCAGCACGAGACCUUUUCCGGGACCUCAACAUAUUGCCCCUCCCCUGUCUUUACCUAUAUCAGGUAGCCGUGUUUACACACGAAAAUCUAGAUAAGUUCAAACUUAAGGGAACAAACGACAACUACCAUCUCCGGAGCAAUGAGCAUAAAAACAGACUGGUCGCCGAAACACCCAGACUCACUAAGUCCCAGCGAUCUGUAUACUGCGCGGGACCGUCUGUUUACAAUCGCUUACCCGAUAAUGUCAGAAACGCAGCUACCACCGCGGGCUUUAAGUAUAAACUAAAAAUGUGGCUCACGAGCGAAGUGUUCUACGAUUAUGCAGAAUAUUUUAACCUACCUAUUAUGACAUAA